AUGGAUCGUGUUAUUGUGAAUUCCAAUUGGAUUGGAGCAUUUCUUGAUUCAGUUAUAGAAUUCCAAGCCCUAGGAGAUUCUGAUCAUUGCCCUGCUUUAGUUUGGUUGCACAAAGAAGCUCUUGUGGCUAGACUUAAGCCAUUUAAGUUCUUUAACUUCUGGGUACUACAUCAAGAGUUUAUGACUGUUGUUGAGGAGUCUUGGCAGGCCUCGGUUAAGAAAAAGAGGGAGGAGCUAGUUAGGAUUCAACUGGCUAAUUUGGAUUCAGAUGUUGUUAGCAUCAAUAUUGAUGUUGAGUUACAAGUUGAGCGUGAAUUGAAAACUCUUGAAGAGAUAGAAAAUCAGUUGGGUGUGGUUGAUCAGGAUAUAAAGGGUUGUGAUGUUAGGAUGCUUAAAUACCUUAUUCAUUAUUCCUUGCCUAUGGGUGCUGCAGAUGCUUUAUGCAUGGAUAUUUCUGAUGUUGAGAUUAAGGAGGCCAUUUGGGGGCCAGGGAAUGAUAAAUCUCCUAGGCCGGAUGUUUAUAACUCUUUUCUUGUGCCUAAGGUUCCUAACCCGAAUAUGGUUAAGGAUUUUAGGCUUAUAUCUUACUGCUAUGUGAUUUAUAAGACUGUUACAGGAAUUUUAGUGAGUCGAUUCGUUGUUGUAUUUCCUGGUAUGAUCUCCAUGAAUCAGAAUGCUUUUGUGAAAGAGAAGAGUAUAAUAGGUAACACUUUACUUGCUCAAGAGAUCUUAAGGGGUUAUGCUAGGAGAAAUAUUUCCCUGAGAUGUGCCUUAAAAAUUGACCUACAAAAAUCUUUUGAUUCUCUUAAUUGGGAGUUUGUUGGUGUCAUCUUGCAUGCUUUGGGGCUGCCUGAGAAAUUCAUUAGCCUACUUUACAAAUCCCAGGGUGAUCGAGGUAUAAGGCAAGGGGAUCCUCUCUCGCCAUAUAUUUUUGUUCUUGCUAUGAACGUUCUGUCUAGUCUACUUAAUGUGGCUGCUAUAAAUGGGAUUUUUAAAUUUCAUCCUAAAUGUAAAAAGAUUGGUUUCACCCACCUAUGUUUUGAUGAUAAUAUGCUCAUUUUCUGUAAAGGUUCUAUUGAUUCUAUUAUUGGAGUGCAAUUUGUUUUAGAUAUAUUUUAUUCCAUGUCGAGUUUGAGAUUAAAUGCUAAUAAAUGUGAGAUAUUCAUGGCUAGUGUCUCUGCUAAUCAGUGUGUUUCCAUAAGAGAGGUUAUUGGUUUUAAGUUGGGAAGUCUCCCUGUGAGAUAUUUGGGUGUUCCAUUGGUGACUAGGAAACUUGCUGUGAAGGAUUGCCAAAGCCUUAUUGAUAAAAUAAAGUCAAAGUUGAAUUUAUGUGCUAAUCGGCAUCUCAGUUUUGCUGGCAGAUUACAACUUGUUCGUGUUGUUUUAUUCAGCAUAGCUAAUUACUGGUGCAGGAAGCUUAUUCUGCCCGAAUGUUGGAGUUUUAGAAGCAUUUUGAAAUUAAAGCAUGCUAUUUCUCAUCUAUUUGUUGAUUCAGGUAGUGAUAUUAAAACUGGGAAGAUUUGGGAGGAUAUGCGUGUCAAGGUUCCAAAGGUUCCAUGGUAUAGCCUGGUUUGGUUUCCAGGAUGUAUUCCAAAACAUAAUAUCAUUUUGUGGAUGACUAUUUUAGAUAGACUUCCUACCUGGGUAAGACUUUUGAGAAUGGAAUUAAGCAUUGAAAAUGAUAAAUGUGUGCUUUGUGAUGUUGAGGCUAAGACUAGGGAUCACUUGUUCUUUGAUUGUGGUUUUACGAGGGAGUUGUGGGGUGAUAUCCUUACUUUGUGUGGUGUAAUUCGUAGGGUUAGCUGUUGGGAUAGGGAGUUGGCAUGUGUUGUUCACUAUUGUAAAGGGAAAUCUCUCCUUGUGAGGGUGUUCAAGCUUGCUUGGGUUAGUCAUGUGUAUGGCAUUUGGAAGGAGAGAAAUAGUAGGCUUUUUGGGGGCAAAGUUAGACUGGUGGGGGAUGUGUUGAAGGACAUCAAAGAAACUAUUCAGAUUCGACUGAAAGAAUGGGCUAUCAGCAGAGCUGAUCCGAGGAAUGAUUCCCUCUAUGUGAAAUGGGGUAUUUCUUAA